UUUAGCAGUGUGUGUUGUCACAUCAGGAGCUGCUGCACAGAUUUUGCUGCUCUGUGAUGACUGCGUCAAGUGAAGCGACAGCUCUCACGUAACACCCAGUUAGAUUUGUUUUCCUGAUAUCUCCUUAAUUUACUGUCGCAAUGCGCGGUGCCGCUCGCUUCACCGCAGUCCUGCUCCCUUUGCUGCUGUUCUGCUGCAUUCCUGCGCGGGGAUAUUUUGCGGAGGAGCGCUGGAGACCCGAGUCCCCGCUGCUCGCUCCACGGGUCCUCCUCGCCCUGGUGUGCAGAAACUCCGAGCACUCUUUGCCGUAUUUCCUCGGUACUAUUGAACGCCUCAACUACCCCAAGGACCGUAUGGCUCUGUGGGUAGCAACUGAUCACAACCGGGACAACACCACAACCAUUCUGCGUGACUGGCUUGUCAAGGUGCAGAACUUUUACCAUUAUGUUGAGUGGAGGCCAAAGGAGGAACCCAGACAUUAUGAGGAUGAAGAAGGUCCGAAGCACUGGACAGACCCCCGUUAUGAGCAUGUUAUGAAACUUCGGCAAGUGGCACUGGAGUCAGCUCGCGAGAUGUGGGCAGACUACUAUAUGCUAGUGGACUGCGAUAAUCUCCUCACCAAUCCCGAUGUGCUCUGGAAGCUGAUGAAAGAGAAUAAGACAGUCAUUGCUCCAAUGCUUGAAUCCCGUGCAGCCUAUUCUAAUUUCUGGUGUGGAAUGACCUCCCAGGGUUACUAUAAGCGCACCCCUGCCUAUAUACCCAUGAGAAAGCAGGUGCGUAAGGGCUGUUUUGCAGUUCCCAUGGUCCACUCAACCUUCCUGAUAGACCUCAGGAAAGAGGCAUCCAGGCAGCUGGCCUUCCACCCGCCACACCCACAGUACAGCUGGGCUUUUGAUGAUAUCAUUGUAUUUGCCUACUCUGCUCAGAUGGCAGAUGUCCAAAUGUAUGUAUGUAACAAAGAGACCUAUGGUUACCUCCCUGUGCCUUUGCGAUCCCAUAAUACUUUGCAAGAUGAAGCUGACAGUUUCUUGCACUCUCUUCUAGAGGUCAAUGUGCGAAAUCCCCCAGUGAUGCCUUCAAAAUAUAUACGUGUUCCUAGAAAGCAACCUGACAAAAUGGGCUUUGAUGAGGUGUUUAUGAUAAACCUGCAGAGGCGAACUGACCGCCGAGAACGCAUGCUGAAGGCAUUAUACGAACAGGAGAUUUCAUGUAAGGUCGUUGCAGCUGUAGAUGGAAAAGCGCUGAAUGUCAGCGAUGUUCAUGCUAUGGGCAUCCACAUGCUCCCUGGCUACAGUGACCCCUAUCAUGGUCGCCCACUGACAAAGGGGGAGCUAGGAUGCUUCCUUUCCCACUAUAACAUCUGGAAAGAGAUUGUGGAGCGACAACUGCACACCUCCCUGGUGAUUGAAGACGACCUCCGCUUUGAGGUCUUCUUCAAACGUCGCUUGAUGAACUUGAUGAGCGAGGUGGAGGAUGAAGGACUUGACUGGGAUCUCAUUUAUAUUGGUCGCAAGAGAAUGCAAGUGGAUCACCCGGAGAAAGCGGUGCCUAAUAUACACAACUUAGUGGAAGCAGACUAUUCAUAUUGGACAUUAGGUUAUAUGAUAUCACUGCAAGGUGCAGAGAAGCUUUUGAAAGUUGAACCACUGAAGAGGGUUUUGCCAGUGGAUGAGUUUCUUCCUAUCAUGUACAAUAAACACCCUGUGUCUGACUAUAUGGAACAGUUUGAAACCAGGGACCUGAAUGCAUUUUCAGCCGAGCCUCUUCUAGUGUAUCCAACACACUACACAGGUGACCAAGGUUACAUCAGCGACACUGAGACCUCCACAGUUUGGGACAAUGACAAGGUUCAUACAGACUGGGACAGAGCGCGCUCAGGAAAAACUCGUGAGCAGGCUGAGAUCAGCACUGAGGCCCAGAACUCAGAUGUGCUCCAGUCACCUUUGGACAGUACAGCACGGGAUGAGCUAUGAGAGGAACUGAAUGAGACCCAUGGAUUUAGACCUGCUUAGGACCGUAAUUUUUAAAAUCAUGUUUCAUCUUUGAUUUUGCAUCACAGCAGAGAUGUGGCAUUAAUGAGAUGUGACAUCAGAGUUUGUAGAAAGGUUUAAUUUUUCAAUGUGUGACAAGUUUAAAAACAAUCAGGUGUGUCCUGUGUUUUCUGUCAUGUUGUCCUUUUGUAGUUUUUACCUUUUAAAGGCACUAGACUUGCCAUUUGAAAUGGCAUUUGCAGUACCCAACCUCUGUCUGUCAUACAGAAAUGAACUUAUACCUUAACAAUAAAUGUAACUAGUCUGUUGAA